AUGGCCAAGCAAAAUCUUAGUGAGUUAUUCUGGUGUGAGCUUGGGACCAUGAGUCUAGAAGGGAUCUUAGAAGAGCAUCACACCCCUGCCUCGCCAGAGGAAUCAGGAGACUCCGAAAUUUCCUCAUCGUCGCUGCUAACAUUUCAUCGAUUCCCACACAUUGCCGGUGUGCCAAUCGGCUCACCGCCGACAGCCUUUCCUCACCGCCGCCGUUGGUUUCUCCUUCCCUUGCUGCCGAUCGUUAGCCUCUCCUUUCCUCACCACCGCUGCUGUGCCGAUCGGUUCACCACCACCGCUGGAAAUGCUCAGAGACUGGAAGUGCGUGUAGUCACAUGGAACAAUGAUGAGCUUGCAACAGAGGCACUACCUGUCCAUGGCUUUGAGCAUUACAAGACAAAGGAUUAUGCCCUUGCUCAUGCUCCAUUCUCAGGUAGCAGCUAUGCAGGUGGGCAGUGGGCUACUGGUGAUGAGCCAUUAUACUAUAUUGUAUCCCCAAAGGAUGUAGUUAUUGCAAAACCUAGGGAUGCAAAAGAUCAUAUUUCUUGGCUUCUUCAACAUGGAUGGCAUGAAAAAGCUUUAGCAGCAGUUGAAGCUGGGCAGGGACGAAGUGAUCUUCUUGAUGAGGUGGGGUCUAGCUAUCUUGAUCAUUUGAUUGUGGAAAGGAAAUAUACUGAAGCCGCAUCAUUAUGUCCCAAAUUGUUGCGAGGACCGACUUCAGCAUGGGAGAGAUGGGUUUUCUACUUUGCUCAUCUUCGUCAGCUUACUGUAUUGGUUCCAUACAUACCAACUGAAAACCCAAGGUUAUGUGAUACUGCUUAUGAGGUAGCUCUUGUUGCUCUGACAACAAAUCCAUCUUUUCACAAGGAUCUCUUGUCAACUGCCAAAUCUUGGCCGCCUGUAAUUUAUUCUGCUUUGCCUAUUAUCUCAGCCAUAGAACCUCAGCUUAAUACUUCAUCCAUGACUGAUGCACUAGGAGAGGCACUAGCAAAGUUGUAUGUAAUUGAUGGACGGUACGAGAAAGCUUUUGCACUAUAUGCUGAUCUUAAGAAGCCAGAUAUAUUUGACUUUCUCAAAAAACAUAACUUACAUAAUGCUCUUCGUGAAAAGGUUGUCCAACUGAUGAUGACAGAUUGCCAACGUGUAGUACCAUUGUUGACCCAACACAGAGAGUUGAUCACUGCAUCAAAAGUUGUUUCAUAACUUUUGGCUGCAGGAAAUAAGUGUGAUCCCAGAUACUUUUUACAUCUGUAUCUACUUUCACUAUUUGAAGCUAACCCGCAUGCUGGAAGGGAUUUUCAUGAUAUGCAGAUUCGAGAUUUGAUAUGGACAUGUUUGUUAAUUUGGAGAGCAGAAGCUAGCUCAUUUUGUGUUUUUUUUCAUAUUACCUUACUAUUUAGUUGCGUUGUAAAUUUUAUAUUUUUGUUGGUAUUACAGAUCAUGUUUCGUUAUCCACACUUGAUAUUUUAUUUUUGUUGAUAUUAGUAGACAUGUUUUUUGUGGAUAUUAGGAGACGUGUUUGGUAAUCCGCAUACGGUUGAUAUUA